ACUCUUCCGGCAGCGUCGGCAGUACACGCGCUGUUGUUGUGAUUGACCGACAGGCAGGAGUCAUGUCGAACUUUCGUUUUGCUCUCCGUCGUCACAAACACAUGCAUUAACUUAAACCACGAUGUCCGAAAUUCUGAUGAAGGAAAUGGAGAGCAUAUCGAUCAGUUCAAUGAAGCCAGAGGCGCAUGCGGGCGGUGUGCGGAGCUUCCUGUUGGUGGACGAACAAGAAAACCUGCAGGUCCGUGAUGAGUCUGAGUUUGUGGACAGGCUCAGCUGUGGGGACGUGGCUGGCGUCAAAGUCAUCUCCAUCUUUGGGAACACCGGUGACGGCAAGUCCCACACCCUCAAUCACAUCCUGUUCAAUGGCGAGACUGUGUUUUAUACCUCCAAAUCCCCCAGCUCAUGUACGGUGGGUGUGUGGGCCGCCUAUGACCCCAACCUCAGUCUGGUCGCCCUGGAUACUGAGGGCCUGCUCGGGGCCGCAGCCAAUCAGAACCAGAGAAUGCGGCUGCUGCUGAAGGUAUUGGCAGUGUCAGAUAUUGUAGUCUAUCGUACACGAGCCGAACGCCUCCACAACGAUAUGUUCCAGUUCCUGAGCAGUGCCUCAGGGGCCUACCUGAAGCACUUCACCCCUGAGCUGAGGGCCCUGUCCACCCGCUGCGGUCUGGACGUGCCCCUCUCAUGUCUUGGGCCUGCUGUCAUCGUCUUCCAGGAGACAACACACACCCAGUUGCUGGGUCAUGACGCUAAGAUGGCCGGCCAGGCUGACACGCAGCUCCAGAAGCGUUUUCACGAUCUGGGCUUGGGGACUGAGGCCUUCAGCUCAGUGCAGUAUGUAGGCACUCAGACCAUCACACCUCCCACUGACUACAACAGUCUGCUGGAGGCUGUCAAGCAACAAGUGAGGAACACUCACACACGCUCCCCCCGCCAGCCUGGGAUAGUGUUUCAUGCUCUGGAAGCCCUAAGUGAGCGUUUCUGUGGGGAACUGUCAGAUGACAAGAUGACUCUGUACUCCUUCUUUCCUGAUGAGUACUUUACCUGCUCUGCUGUUUGCCUCAGCUGCAAUAUUCGCUGUAAGAAUGGAAUGAACCACCUAAGAGAUCGGGUCCCCCACAUGGCAGAUGGACUGUGCCAGUAUGCACACCAGUUCAACAACAAGGUCCUCAUCUGUAAGAGGUGCUAUGAAGGAGGCAGAGAGAUGAUUGUUGUGCCCAAGACUUCAGCUUCCUCUGAUAACCCGUGGUUUGGACUCGCAAAAUACGCCUGGUCAGGCUAUGUGUUGGAGUGUGCCAGCUGUGGUGUAAUCUACCGCAGCAGACAGUACUGGAUGGGAAACCAGGACCCAGAGAGCGGUGUGGUGCGAUCUGAGGUCAAGCACGUCUGGGAGGGGUCCGACACCUUCCUGACCAACCACCAGAACGCCGCCCAGAGGGUCCUGGAUGGGAUGAACUACGUGAUCCAGUCAGUGUCGGAGUACAGCACCGGCCCCACCAAAGCUGUAGCUGCCUGGCUCACUGACCAGGUGGCACCACCGUACUGGAGACCCAACACAGACAUCACUGCCUGUCAUGGUUGUCAGAAGGUGUUUGAGGAGGCGGAGAGGAAGCAUCACUGCCGUUCAUGCGGUGAAGGCUUCUGCCAUCCCUGCUCCAGCCACAGGAUGCCAGUGCCAGAGAGGGGCUGGGGCAGCGGCCCUGUCAGGGUGUGUAAGGCCUGCUACCAACAGGGAGGGCCACCCGAUACCAACAGCCAGGUGUGUAAGGUGGAGCCUCGUGGUCUAAUAGCUCGCAGGGUGACGGAGGUGGCUCAGUCUACGCUGGACAUGGUCACCACAGCUGUGGACUACCCUCUCUGUUUUGUGAAGGAUGUGGCUCGACCAGACUACUGGGUGCCAGACCAGGACAUCACUCAGUGCCACCAGUGCUCCAAAACCUUCACUCCGGUGAUGUCCAAGCACCACUGCAGGGCCUGUGGACAGGGUGUGUGCGGUCCCUGCUCUACACACGUCAAGCCUGUACCCUCCCGAGGCUGGGAUCACCCAGUCAGAGUGUGCAACAGCUGCCACGCCCGCACGGAUAGUCUGUAACCAUUCCUACCAGGAGAACUUCUCAAAGUGCACUCAGUCUUCCUUAGAUGAUCCACAAAAACACUGUGAAUCCUGGCAGCCAGUGUUGGCUGUAUAGCCCUAAAUGGCUGAACUGGAAUCAGCCUUUAUGAAACGACAAACUACUCAGAUGCUUAAAAUGGUCACCGUCUGGUCUCCAGACCUUGUGUUUUGUCAGUGCUAAAACUAGGAUCUGCUUUCCAUCUCAUCUGACUUACUUGACCAACUAAUUCUGCAUCAGUUAUGAGGCAAAACUCAUCACAGAUCAGCGAUCAUCUACACUACAGCCCCACUUGAUCAGUCAAACCUGCACUAAUGGAAAGCUGGACACGUGUUUUUUAACUGACAGGAAAAAAGAAGAUGCCCCCUCCAUUGUCAUGACAACAGGAGUUUGAACUCUUCUGCACUGAAGUGUCCAUAAUCCUGCAUCUGACUGAUAUUUGGGCUAAAAUGACACAAAAACCAGGAAAAGGAUCUACUGGGAAUAGUUGGAGAUUUUAAACUACUAGGAUAUGAGUUUUUAAACUUCUGUUUCAAAAAGUAUCAAGACAUUACAAACACCUGCAUUGACUCUUAUUUGAUUCUGUUUUAAAGCCUUCAGAAGAGUGGAGAUCAUUUGAGGUGUUCGCUUUUUUAUCUUCCUCACAGUCACAAUCUUCAUUUGAAGCAUCUCUGACCUGCAGAUCCUGGAAAGGAGGAUUAUGAAAAUUGUGGAGGGAAUUUAGGAGCAAAACAUAAAGCAGUUCAGACUUUUGGGGCAAAUGUAAGUUUGCAGGUGCCCGCUUUACUCGGGGCAGAAAGUGUGGUCCCAUGUUCUGAAGCCCCUAAGGUUUGUUUAAGGGAUUCUCCCACAUGUGCAAGGAAUUAAUGACAAUAUUUGUGCCUAAUUAUCAAGAAAUAUAAUUUACAGCCUCGCUUUUAUUACUCUUACAGUUGUAUCGUGAAGUGGUAUAGGAAAAUAAAAUCUUUAGCAUAACACAUAGACAUUCCAAUGUAUGGAAAUACCUGUGUACUGAUUAUAAUUUACCUGUCUGAGGUUAUUACUGUAUAACAAGUGGCUAAGCUUGAGCCACUGAUGCUUCAGAAAGCUCUUGUCACAUGAUGAAUACCUGCACUAGACUGGAUAAUUGGUUUAUUUUGAUAUUUGAAAGAAACUCCUGUUGAAUCACUUGCCGUAUAAAAUACAAAUUGUAAACACAUUAAUGCGAAAUUAACACUUUCUGUCACAGGAAGUUUCUAUGCAUAACAUACUGGAUGCAUUAAUGUGGUUUUGCUUUCUGCCUGUGAAAUCUAGCAACUGACAAUCUUAAUUUCUUUUCUUUCUUAAAUCAGGCUGGUCCAAAUAAAGACAAUUUUCUGUCAA